AAAGUAUGUUUGUCUCUUUCUAACUUAUUGCACUAGUGCAGCAGUGCAGUUGAAAAGGACAGACCCAUUGUGAUGGAUAAUAAUACGGAUGAGAAAAUACAAAUUACAGUAUUAUUUUUUGCAAAAGCACGUGAACUAACUGGAAGUAAGGAAUGUCAAAUUUAUAUUCCGAGAAAAUUAUCCGCUGUUGAUCUUCUUGAUCAAAUUAUUUAUACUUUUCAAUUAGAAACAAUACGUAACCAAUUAAUAUUAGCUGUGAACGAGGAAUUUGUCAUUCCAAAUAGUAUUCUCGCUUUAUCAGAAAAAGAUAAAAUUGCAAUAAUUCCACCACUCAGUGGAGGCUAACAUGGAAAUGUCAAAAAAUUUUGUCAAAUUACAGCAAGAUGAAUUAAAUAUUGCAGAAAUUAUAGAUCUAGUAACAUUUCCUAACUGUGGAGCAAUAUCUAAUUUUAUUGGGAUCACUCGAGAUAAUUUUGAAAAUAAAAAGGUAAUUAAACUAGAAUAUGAAGCCUAUGAAUCAAUGGCUUUGAAGGAAAUGAUGAAUAUUUGUAUUAAAAUUCGUUCAAAAUGGAAUAUAGAAAGCAUUGCUAUAUAUCAUCGUGUUGGAGAAGUACCAAUAUCUAAAGCAAGCGUUGUAAUAGCAGUUUCCUCUCCUCAUAGAACAGACUCAUUGAAAGCAGUGGAAUAUGCUAUUAAUGAAUUAAAAGCUUCGGUGCCUAUUUGGAAAAAAGAAGUAUAUGAAACAGGAGAAACACAAUGGAAAGAAAAUAAAGAGUGUACAUGGACAAAUACUUUGAAGAAUGAACAUGUUAAGGCGACUGCAAGUAUAAAUGAAGAAGUAGAUAAAAUUGUUAUUGAUCCAAAUCUUGUACAAAUUCAAGCAAACUCAGAGGAAUUGAAUCGUAGGAUAAAAUCAUUCAUUGAACGAAAACGUCAGCAAGUAAAUACUUUAAAUGUGCAAGAGUUUUGUUGCCACAGUGAAAAAAAUGAUAAUGAAAAUUCUUGUGCAAGAGUAGAUGCUGUUCUUGUCCGAUGCAAAGAUUCCAAAAGUCAUGUGAGAGUUCACAGAGUAUUAAACACAUGGGGACCUCAAACAAUUGAUCGAUCAAUUUUGCCCAAAGCAAUUAUAAAUAAUUCUAUUUAUAAUAAUAAUAACAGUAAUUGCUGUCCUGUAUUGGAUGAUAGAAUGUCCACAAUAGAAAGUAUAACAAGGAUUAGUAAACCUGUGCCUAAAGAUAUUUACAAGAGAUUAAAAAAUAUUGAAGAUAGAAUAUUAUAUUUAGAAAGUAUAUCACCAGAAUACAAGGAAUUUUGGCAUUUCUCUAGUAUUUACCUUAACACAAAGCAUUGAUCAGUUAUGAAUUGAGGUAAAUAUACUGAUGAAGGGAGCCCGUCUCGAUUUCCUCGACUUUGACAUAUGUUGUCAAGGUCACUGCCCUGAGUAACAUCUAAAAGGUUAUAGCCGUCGCUCG